UUCCGGGUGUCAAUAUGCGUCUCAGUACCGCAGCGAUAAGCAUCGCUACGAUGUAAACGGCGACAAAAGAUAACAUAAAAUCAUUUCCGAAUAACCACAGGUGCUUGACAGCUUCGAAGAUACCGCCACUGUUCAUCCUCCGCUAAUUUGUGCUCGCCCGGACCAGCAGCGGCUUCGCCACCGACUGUCAGCCAUUUUUGCGCGAAUGGCCGCGGAGGUUCGGAGGGCCCUCGGCCGGGGCUGGUGUCUGAUACCCGGCCUAUCUCACGUAGGCCUUCACAGGACCGUACUGCGAUCUCUUCUCCUCAUCACAGCCUUCAGCGGACUGGUGCGUCUGCCCGCGGCCACCGAAGCGAAGGAGUGCGAUAAACCCUGCCUAAACGGGCAGUGUAGCGCAGACGGCGGCGUAUGUGUAUGCGAGCCGGGAUGGGUCGGGGACCAGUGCCAGCACUGCGGCGGCCGAUUCAGGCUAACGGGGCCGUCUGGUUACCUCUCUGAUGGACCAGGAAAUUACAAAUACAAAACCAAGUGCACCUGGCUCAUUGAAGGACAGCCGAAUGCUAUCCUGAGGCUUCGCUUUGAACAUUUCGCCACUGAAUGCAGCUGGGAUCACCUGUAUGUGUAUGAUGGAGACUCCAUCUACUCCCCCUUACUCGCCGCCUUCAGUGGUUUAAUUGUUCCUGAAAGCUACAACAACGAAACCAUCCCAGAAGUGGUGGCACAGUCCGGCUUUGCCCUGCUGCACUUCUUCAGUGACGCUGCGUAUAAUCUCACCGGGUUUAACAUCUCCUACAGGUUAAACGCAUGUCCCAACAACUGCUCAGAUCAGGGGGAGUGUCGCGUGGGGAACUCUAGUGAAACAGUACAAUGUGUUUGUGAGGACGGAUGGAAGGGUGAGGCCUGUGAUGUACUGUACUGCCCGUCUAACUGUGGUUCCCCACUGCGGGGACAGUGUCAACACAGCACCAAACGCUGCCAGUGCAAACCAGGAUGGCAAGGCGUGGACUGUUCCAUAUCUGUACCAGCAAAUGUUUCUUUCUGGACACGUGAUGAGUACAGCGGGCCUGGCCUGGCACGGGCGUCCCACAAGGCCGUGGUGCAUGAAGAUGUAAUGUGGGUGAUAGGCGGACAUGUGUUUAACUACACAUACUACCAGAUGGUGACCGCGUUCAACAUCUCCUCUCAAAGCUGGAUGUCAUUAAACCGGUCUGUCAACUCUGUAACUGGACGCUACGGUCAUUCAGUCACGCUGCAUGAGGAUAAAAUCUACAUGUACGGAGGAAAAAUCGACUCCACUGGAAACGUGACGUCAGAACUGUGGGUGUUCCACAUACAGAACCAAUCAUGGGUUCUGCUGAGUCCGCGUGCUAAAGAGCAGUAUGCAGUCGUGGGUCAUUCUGCACAUACUGUCCAGCUUCAGCCCGACGGAUCAGAGCCUGUCAUACUGGUCGUGUUUGGACACUGUCCUCUAUAUGGAUACAUUAGUCAAGUGCAGCAGUACAACAUCGAAAAGAACACAUGGAGUGUACUAGAGACACGCGGGGCAUUGAUUCAGGGUGGCUAUGGACACAGCAGCGUGUACGACCCUCAAACCCGCUCCAUCUACAUCCAUGGAGGCUACAAGGCUUUCAGUGCCAAUAAAUACGGCCUGGCCGGGGAUCUGUACCGUUAUGACGUGGACAGGAGAAUGUGGUCGAUUCUGAGGGACAGUGGGUUUUUUCGGUACCUCCACACUGCGGUGAUCUCUGCAGGACACAUGCUGGUGUUUGGGGGGAACACGCACAACGACACCUCCAUGAGCCAUGGAGCCAAGUGCUUUUCAUCUGAUUUCAUAGCAUAUAACCUGGCUUGUGAUGAGUGGACUAUGCUGCCCAAGCCAGAUCUUCACCACGAUGUCAAUCGUUUCGGCCAUUCAGCUGUUUUUAACGAUGGGGUGAUGUACGUGUAUGGAGGCUUUAACAGCCUGAUGCUAAAUGAUCUGCUGAAGUUCACCCCGCUGAGCUGUGCUGUGUUCUCCGAGCAGCUGGAUUGUGUGACGGCCGUGCCCGGUGUGAAGUGUGUGUGGAACCCCGUUACCUCCACCUGUCUGUCCUGGGAGCAAGCAUCUCCUUCUGACGUGGAGAGUUUGAGGAGCAACUGCACUCCAAGAGUUUAUGCAGACGGUGAAAAGUGUGAACAAUAUUCAGACUGCUACAGUUGUACAGCGAAUACGAACAGCUGCCAGUGGUGCACAGCCCUGUGUGUGUCUAUCCACAGUAACUGCACAGGUUCACGGGGGGCAAUAUUGGAAUAUGAUGCAUGUCCAAAAGACAACCCGUCCUCUGUAUGCAGCAAAAGGACCAGCUGUAAAAGUUGUGCCACAGAUCAGAACUGCCAAUGGGAAGCUAGAAAUCAAGAAUGCAUUGCUCUUCCUGGGAACAUCUGUGGGGAGAGCUGGCACCUGGUGGGCAACUCGUGUCUGAAGCUGAUCACAGCCAAAGACUCUUACGACAAUGCUAAACUGGCAUGUCGCAGUCACCAGGCUGUGCUGGCUUCCCUCACCACACAAAAGAAAGUUCAGUUUGUACUCAAAGAGAUGCAGAACAGAUCUCUGCAGUCGAAAGCAUUGGUGACUCCAUGGGUGGGUUUGAGAAAGAUCAAUGUCUCCUACUGGUGUUGGGAGGACAUGUCCCCCUUCACUAACUCCACACUGCAGUGGUUACCGGGGGAGCCCAGCGACGCCGGUUUUUGCGGGUAUCUGGCCGAGCCUACAUUCAACGGACUGAAGGCGGCUACCUGCGUGAACUCCAUAAACGGGAGCCUGUGCGAACGACCAACCAACCACAGUGUAAAACAGUGUCGGACGCCCUGCGCACUGCGUUCUUCCUGUAGCGAGUGCACCAGUGGGAGCUCAGAGUGUAUGUGGUGCAGUAACAUGAGGCAGUGUGUGGACUCUAAUGCCUACGUGGCGUCCUUCCCAUAUGGCCAGUGCUUGGAGUGGUACACCAUGAAUAGCUGUCCACCAGAGAAUUGUUCUGGAUACAAAACGUGUGCUCAGUGUUUGGAUCAGCCUGGCUGCGGAUGGUGCACCGAUUCCAGUAAUACAGGGCGGGGACAGUGUAUAGAGGGCUCUUACCGUGGGCCAAUCCAGACGCUGUUCCACGCCCCUUCCUCGUCGGGCCCCUCCCUCAUUCCAGCCCCUCAGCCGAUGCUGAAUGUGAGCUUGUGCCCAAUGGAGAACAAUUACAACUGGUCUUUCAUCCAAUGUCCAGCGUGCCAGUGUAACGGACACAGCUCAUGUGUAAAUGAAAGCGUGUGUGAAAGAUGCGAGGACCUCACCACCGGCAAACAAUGCGAGAGCUGCAUCUCCGGUUACUAUGGCGAUCCCACAAAUGGCGGUAGCUGUCAACCUUGUAAGUGCAACGGCCAUGCCAGUAUGUGUAAUCCUAACAAUGGCAAGUGUUUCUGUACCACCAAGGGCAUUAAAGGAGAUCGCUGUCAUCUGUGUGAGGUGGAGAACCGUUACCAAGGCAACCCUCUAAAGGGAACGUGUUAUUACACACUGCUGAUAGAUUACCAGUUUACCUUCAGUCUGUCUCAGGAGGAUGACCGAUACUACACCGCCAUCAACUUUGUGGCAACUCCUGAAGAGCAAAAUCGUGAUCUGGACAUGUUCAUUAACGCCUCUAAAAACUUCAAUCUGAACAUCACGUGGGCGACCAGCUUUGUGGCUGGGACUCAAGCCGGUGAGGAGAUCCCCAUCAUCUCCCGCAGCAACAUAAAGGAGUUCAAGGAUAGCUUCUCCAACGAGAAGUUUGAUUUCCGCAGCAACGCCAACAUCACCUUCUACGUCUAUGUCAGCAACUUCACCUGGCCAGUGAAAAUUCAGAUUGCCUUCUCUCAGCAUAGUAACUUCAUGGAUCUGGUGCAGUUCUUUGUCACAUUCUUCAGCUGUUUCCUAUCCCUGCUUCUGGUGGCAGCAGUUGUGUGGAAGAUUAAACAGAGCUGCUGGGCGUCACGGAGAAGAGAGCAACUCCUGCGAGAAAUGCAGCAGAUGGCCAGCCGACCGUUCGCCACCAUCAACGUCGCCUUGGAGACGGACGACGAGCCGCCAGACCUGAUUGGUGGAAACGUGAAGUCCGUACCGAAGCCCAUAGCUUUGGAGCCCUGUUUUGGGAAUAAGGCAGCGGUGCUUUCCAUCUUCGUUAGAUUACCCAGAGGCCCUGGAGGCAUCCCACCUCCGGGACAGUCAGGGCUGGCAGUAGCGAGUGCAUUAGUGGACGUCUCUCAGCAGAUGUGUCUGGGAUAUAAGGAGAAAUCCGGAGGCUUGCGUAGCCGCAAACAGCAGCCGUUAGCACAGCCCUCCACCUGCAUCUGACAUUUACCCUUCAUCUUCUGACCUCGGACCUCUGCUAAGACUGAGUCACAGCAACACACUAACAGCCGGGUCACAUCGGCGGGAGACGCAGGAGGACGUGCUUUAUUGAAACUGAAUCGCUCCUGGCCAACCGAAUGAACGGAAAUUGACUCCCAUGUGACCCUGACUGAUAAGACUUUACCCGCGGGCCACUUUAUGAUAUUUAACUUAUUUCAGUUAUUUUAUUCGAUUUUUACGAUCAGGAGGAUGAAUCUUUGCACUGCUGCAUCUGUGUAUCGAAGGCAACACACUAACUUUCCUUCUGGAGACGGUCUUUGGCUGCAUGGCUAUCUGAAACACACAUAUACACACUCGAACACGUUUUGCGCCCUUUGCCUCUUUAAUCAUGGCUCUUUUAGUAGUUUUUAAUCAUUGUAUCUAAUUUGCGUGUGUAGUAAGCCUGCUGUGUGUAUGUUUACAUGGGUUUAAUUUAACAGGUCAUCUCUGCUGUCUCCAAAGAGGUUUGCGUGUUUUUUCCGGAAGGAUUUUCAUUUUUACCUUUUUCCGUUUUCCAACGAAUUACCUCCAUUCACAUGUUUGCAGGCCAUUAGAAAGAUUGUGCCCAUGUGAGUGUUUACCAUUGCCAUAAUGAUAGUGCCGCUUCCGCUCUUAUCAUCCGCUUUUUUUUCUUCUCUUAUCUAAAAAUCUCAGGCCGUUUCUCAAACACGUUUCAAGGUUGAAGGAAACAAAGAAGAUAUAAAAAGGAGAUGGCAGGCGGGUAGCAGGGCGCAAUCAGAACAGACAGGGACCUUGUUUAGGUUUUUCAAAAUGUCAGAAGUAAUUUUUUGCCCAGUGAAGGAUUAUCUGCAUACACAAACGCACAGACGCAGGUGUGUGCCGGAUACGGUGAAGACGUGGAGUGAUAUGAAGCGGAUUGCCUUGUGCAAAGAAAAGGUUAAAGAUGGAACGUGCAAAUGUGACAUUAAGAAUCGUUAGCAUUAUGUUUCUCUUUCUAUGUGCCUGUAACUGUACCCGUGUGACAUCACAGAUGACCUGUUGCUUGGUUUUUGGUGCUGUUUGAUUGGGCCAUGAAUAAAGGGACACGGGCCGCUUGAACAACUUCGCAUCUACUGUAAUGUUAUCAACACAAAUGGGAUGUCAUUAAUCUGUCUUUGAUCCUGAUGAAUUUUGAAUGUAAAGUUGUGAAUGCAGUUUGAUUGAAAACGUUUCUUGCGGUGAAAAGGGCCCAAAAGGGAAAUCGUGCAUACUAACAAGUGAUCUAUUGAAAGGAGCUGGUCUCUCUUACUUUAUAUGGAAGCUCAAUCCCACAAUGCUUUUCUCUAUAAGCCUCAAACAGUACAGCGAACACGCACACAUGCACACACUGACCGCAUCAUCUCUAUACAGUGAUACUGUAGAUAUGGAGUCUGUAGUUUGUUUAUAUGUAUAAUGUAGCAGCAAGUGCACUCAAGUUUUUUGUACAUAGUGAUGGACAGUAAUGUGAAUGCAUCUCUGUUAAGCGACACUGCACUUGGUGGGUGGAAAACCCACCCGGGCUUUUGAAAUGUGACUGCAUUGCAGCUUCUUUUGUAUGUACGAUGGCGAAUGUCAUGAACAAACUUUAAACUAGCUGCCUACUUUAAAGACAAAAGCAACAGACCUUAGAAUUGAAACUGAUCUUGUAAUUAUGUGUACAUAAUGAAUGACAUAGAAACAUUUUGUCUAUAAUUAAAUGGUAAAAUGAA